GCUUUUAGGUCAAAGGACCAAUGGGGUGACGAUUCUAAUGUAUGGGCGUGACGGGUAUUUUGAUGACGGAGUGGGAUUCGCGAAACAGAAGGUUGAAAAUGUUUGACGGAUCCAACCGUCAGAUAGGACGACGGUUUCAUAUGGAUUUAACCGUCAGACAUGAUGACGGGUAUCUUGCCAUUUCAGACGGUUUAAUCGAGUCGACGGUUACAAACUGCUGAUGCGAGCAGACAGGUUGUCAGCAUUUAUUAGCAUGCCACGUGUCAAUCUCUGAAUGGCCGUUGUAUAGGAUCGAAGCGUCGCUUCGUCUUCCGUGCAUCUCCUAUAUAUAUGAGGCGUCUCAAUCUCUCAUUUUCGCAUUUCCAAACAGAAAACGUCUGUCGGAGAGAACCGUCAACCUUGUCAGAGCAAUCCGUCGAGUACCGGUAACCACCAAUUACCACAACCGUCACCCGUUCUGCGCCAGGUGUGGUAGACAGCGUCCGCAGAUUAGCCUCGAGGAAUUUAGUUUCCUUGAAGAGAUUUGCAGAAAAACUAGGCCGGAGGAAAGGACCUGGGCUAAGUUAGUGAAUCCAAAGACAAUACACUGGUAUUGUGACGGUCCAGAACCCACCCGUGAGGCCAUUGCAUACGACGAAAGAAUACACAAACAAAUGGACGACGCCAAGAGAAGGGCAAUGAUAAAAUCUCUAGCCGUCGAGCAAAAGAAGACGGGUGAGAUCGUUGUUCCCAGUGUGCCGGGGUCAUCGGGUAAGAGGAAGCAGCCACCCAAGUCCGACCGUCCACUCAAGCAGCCAAAGGUGUCAAUGGAGCCCGUGGUGGGCUUGAUGGCUGAGGGCCCUAAGGCCGUCACCCAAGUUAAACAAGGGGCCGGUAAGGGCCUAAUGCAUGCUCCACCCGUCAGCGAGGAGAAGCCCCCUCCCCUUCUCCGUGAGGACUCGAAGUUCGCUUUGGAGAAACUUACGUCCAUACUUUCUGCAGAGGACUAUGAGGAUCUUGGGAAUCACUCGACGGAGGUGAUGGGGGAGACGGGGUUAUUUGCCGUCGGACAGUCCUUGGUUAUGAUGAAGGGCUUGAUGGACCGCUGCCUCAACCGUGAAGCGGCUCUGGAACGGGUACGGUCAAAACUUGGGCAGACGGAAGAGGAGCUUGGCCAGCUGCACAAGUGGAAGGCCACGAUGGAGCAGAAGUUUGAACUCUCUGAGAAGACGAGAGAAGAACUUGAACAGAGGACGGAGGAGGCUGGGAAGGCCUUGAAGGUUAGAGCAGACGAGGUGAAGGAUCUGAAGAAAAAACUCCGUCAUGCAAGGGAUGACGCCGUCAGCGAAUAUCGCAACUCCGAGUCUUUGUUGAAGGAGCUGGCAGGAUCGUUCCUUCAAGGCUUCGACGAUUCGCUCCGUCAGGUGAAGAAGGCCUACCCAGAUCUGGACUUGUCCAUGAUAACACUAACUGAUCAAGGUCAGACGUCUGCUCUACCCGCCGCCUCCGAAAAUACGGAGGAUCUCUUUGGAGAAGAGGCAGCUCAGGGUGACGGAGAGUCCGCUAUGCCGAAUGAGGUCGCUGUUGUCGACCCCAAUAAAGCAGAGUGAACCAUAUAAUUGUUGAUGAGGAUCCGUCUCCCUUUUUAUGUAUUGUUAAUAACUUGUAGACGGUUUCGUUGAAGUUUCAUUUGUA